GACGAAGCCAGCCGGCCCAAUGGCAGCUUCCCGGGAGGCAGGCCCCGCCUCUCGGCGGACGGGCUGCGCUGCACCGGACGGAGCGGCCGCGCUUCAAGAUGCGCUGCCUGACCAUGCCCAUGCUGCUUCGGGCCCUGGCCCAGGCCCAGGCCGCACGUGCAGGGCAUGCCAGUGGCCACGGCCUCCACAGCAGCGCAGCGGCAGCCACCUACAAAUAUGUAAACCUGCGGGAGCCCUCGAUGGACAUGAAGUCGGUGACUGACCGGGCAGCACAGACCCUGCUGUGGACCGAGCUCAUCCGAGGCCUGGGCAUGACCCUGAGCUACCUGUUCCGUGAGCCCGCCACCAUCAACUACCCGUUUGAGAAGGGCCCGCUGAGCCCGCGCUUCCGCGGGGAGCACGCACUGCGCCGUUACCCGUCAGGGGAGGAGCGCUGCAUCGCCUGCAAGCUCUGUGAGGCCGUCUGCCCGGCCCAGGCCAUCACCAUCGAGGCUGAGCCGCGGGCCGACGGCAGCCGCCGGACCACGCGCUACGACAUUGACAUGACCAAGUGCAUCUACUGCGGCUUCUGCCAGGAGGCCUGCCCCGUGGACGCCAUCGUGGAGGGCCCCAACUUCGAGUUCUCCACGGAGACGCACGAGGAGCUGCUGUACAACAAGGAAAAGCUGCUCAACAACGGGGACAAGUGGGAGGCCGAGAUCGCUGCCAACAUCCAGGCCGACUACCUUUACCGAUGACCAGCCGGCCCGCAGCCCCUCCUGCCCAAUAAAAAGCUCUGACCUCCCC